AUGUUCGAGGGAUUUGAGCCAUUCACAGUGACGACAGACCGGGAUCUGGACGUCUCGAUAUAUGGGCUGAAGAGUGGCGAUACAUCUUCCUCGUCCCUGCCUCCCCUUCUGCUCAUCCAUGGCUUCCCUCAAAGCCGCCACAUCUGGCAUCGGGUCGCGCCACAGUUGACAGACCAGUACACGGUGGUUAUGAUCGACCUUCGAGGAUAUGGUGAUUCCUCGAAGCCGGAGUCAGUUGCCGCAUACGCGAAGAGUGCCAUGGCGCGAGACUGUAUUGAAGUGAUGGAUAGCCUCGGGUUCGACUCAUUCUUCGUUUGUGCCCACGACCGCGGCGCGCGUGUCUCACAUAAGCUCUGUGUCGACUAUCCUCAACGUGUGAAAAGAGCCAUCCUCUUGGAUAUUUGUCCUACUCUGGCGAUGUACACAACUACCGAUUUCGAAUUCGCCAAGGCGUAUUUCCACUGGUUCUUUCUCAUUCAAAAAGCGCCGCUGCCCGAAUCACUUAUACUGGCCAACACAAGAACCUUUGCGGAGCUAUUCAUGGGAGGGCGUCAGGCCGGCGGCCUCAAAAUCUUUGACCAAGAGUGUUGGGAAUUCUAUGUCAAAGUAUUGGAGGAUCCAGCUGCGGUGCACAGCAUGUGUCAAGACUAUCGAGCAUCCUCGACCCUGGACCUCGACGAAGCCCGGACAGACCUGGCCGAGGGAAGACUGGUACAAUGCCCGCUUCUUGUACUUUGGGGCAAGCAUGGUGUGAUCGAGCGGUGUUUUGACGCAGUCAAGGAGUGGCGGUCCGUGACCAAGAAGGGCGUUUCGGUGACUGGGCACAGCAUCGAUUCGGGACAUUACAUCGCGGAGGAGGCACCUCAAGAUAUUGUUUCCUCAAUACGAGAGUUCUUGGUAUAG